AUGGAGGACAUCCUCAAUGAGAUAAUUUCGCUGAGUGAGAAGAAGCGGGGGGGGAAGUCGGGCAGCCAAACGGAGAUCAGCCAAGCGGAGAUCAGCCAAGCGGAGAUCAGCGGGGGGACCCAUCACGGGGGUACGACGCUUCACCGGGGAAAGGCCCCCAAAAGGUGGAAGACGCAGGAACAGGGAGGCGACCAACCGACGGGGGUUGCGCCCCCCUCCCCCGAGGGCGCCGCCCCGUCCAGCACGUGGGACUCCUCCACGGUGUGCUCCGCGGACGAGGACAUGAGCGCGGAGAAGGCCAGCCUGUUCAGCCGGAUAAUCAGCGAGCGGAGGAGGAGGGCGAGCGGGGAGGAGGCGCAGCCAUGUGUAGACGCUCUGCAAGACGCGCACAUCUGUGCAGACACCCCGCAAGACCCCCCGGUGAGCGAGCGGACGCCCCUGUGCCAGCAGACCCACACGCUGAACAGCUACCUCCUGCACGUAAACCAAAUAAACGAAGAAAUCGCAUGCAUAUACAAAAGCGUAGACAAAAUAAACGGCUGGAAACAGAAAAUCGAUUUCAACAUUUAUGAUAGUGAGGAGCUGAAUGCGAAGAUUAGUUUAACCAUUUGCCAAACAGAGGAGACAAUCUCCAACGUCAUGAAGAGAAUCUUUUCUUUGAAUGAGGAGAAUAAGCGAUUCGAGAGGAGUAGCAACCUCCUGAGCGAAAUCAAACUGAGAGCAAAUAUUUUUAUAGACGUGGUUCAGAAGUACAAAACGUGCGUUAACAAAUAUAAAAACGUCUGCCACCAGUAUUAUGAGCAUGUCAAUGCCAAGUUGGUGAAGCAGUACCGGCUGCUCUGCCCGGGGGGGGCCAGCGGUGGCAGGCAGAGCGGCCAACGGAGCGGCAGCAAGCAGAGCAACCGACGUAGCGCUGCGCCACGGGGAAGAGCCGACUUAGACGACAUCGAGCACUUCUUCAGUCUCCAAAAGAACAGCCACAGCAAUUUGGGAGAGCAUGUCCAUCCGGAGAAUGCGGAUGGCAUAAACAUACAAAAGAUGAAGGCGAGGUACAAAGAGUUGAAGACGCUCGAGAGGAACAUCUCCUCACUGAAUGACCUUUACAUAGAGCUAGCCUAUGUGGUGAAGAAGCGGACCAACUACAUUAACAGCAUCGAAAGUGACGUUUAUCAAGUGAAGGACUAUACGGACGACGCGCUGCACAACAUCGUUGCUGCUAAGAGGUACAAUGCGCUCGUCAAGAGGAAGCUGUUUUACUUCAGCGUCUUCCUCCUGGUCGUCGCCCUCGUCAUCUUGUUCCCCGUUUUCUUCAACUGCUCCGCUUCUCCCUCCGGCUAUUGA